AUGGACAUUAUACGAGGUGCUUGCUCAAAAGAUAAAGUAGGUGGGAUGGUCUACAUACGGGAAGAUAUCGUCCCAUCGAUGCUAGAAUGGAAAGCCAUCGAAGAUGAGAAGAAUACGGUAGCAAUACCAUUGAAUAAACUUGUGGCUCUACGAGCUUCAAAGGAAUCUUCGCCCAAAAUGACAUUGCAGAUUAGCUACAAGCUGGACGACCAAGAAGAAUCCACAAAGAUGAGUCUUCAUUUUAAUAACCGCCCCACCAUGAAUAAUAUCAAGGAUGCAUUACAGACAAUUGUGGCUCGAUCAAGGACCAGAGUUGAAGGUUCAUCAACACCUACUCCCCAGGCUGAUGCAUCGAGUCGACAAGGAUCCUCCACCGGUACUCCAGGCGCAACUGAAUCAGGUACGCCUACUCCUGGAGCCUCAUCUAUUUCGGGCGCAUUCAAUUUAUCGCAGAAUCAAUUAACCGAUGCCAGCUUAUUAAAAAAUUUUGACCUACAACAAAAGCUUUUGCUAGAGGAUAAGAACUUGAGAAACACCUUCACUAAAUCAGUUAUGCAGUUUAAAUUAUCACCAUCAAUGUUUUGGUCAAGUCGAAUAAACCAAUUACGUACAUUUGCAUUGACCAUAUCCCAGCAUCGCGGACCAUACAAUGUAUUAAGCACAAUCAAGCCCGUGGCGACUUCUGACAACCAAGUGAAUGUUAAUGUAACACGUGACACCAUUAAUGAAAUAUUUGACAUCUAUCCUAUUAUAAAAAAAGCAUUCACCGAUUUGGUACCGCAAAAGCUACUGGAAGGGGAGUUUUGGUCGCGAUUUUUCAAUUCCAAGUUGUUUCGAAGGUUGCGAGGAGAUAAGAUUGGGCUAUACAGUGGGAGAGGGGAUGUUAUUUUGGACAAAUAUUUAUAUAUUGACGAAGCUAGUAUAAAGGCUGAUGAGGUUGAGAAGAAGCAAGAGGGCGAGGAGGAAAACUCGCCAAAGAGGCAGAAAGUUGCCAACGAAGAGCAAACAACAAGCCUGAGCAGUUUUUUAAAUGAGCCACCAGUGAGCAAGUUUCUUGAUUUAUUUGGUAACGAGCAAGACAAUUCGCAAAAGUUGGGAAACCGACCAGACAUGACAAUGAGAUACGAAGAUGACGCAACCAAAGCACUAAACUUGAAGUCUAGAUCCAACAAGGAAAAUGAAAUGAUUAUUUUGAUGAAGAAUAUGAACAAGUUAUCCUCAAAGAUGAUGAGCAUGAGUGCAACUGAAAAUCCUUCUAAACCAGAAAAUACCAUUGAUGGUUUGUCGGCUCCUGAAGUCAAUGAAUACGAAGAGGAAUUGGAUUUGCAUGACUUGAACGUGGUUAAAGACACCCUGUAUGUGAAGUUGAGUAUCAACACCAAUAAUAUCAGGGAUCGUACAGCUGAUGUCGAUGAAAUUAACAACAAUGAUGUUGAAAUGAAUGGUGCUGAUUUAGUCAGCUACUUGCAAAAUCAAAUUUCAAAAGACUCAAUAAUAGAUCUAUCAGAUACAUUCAAGGGUAAGGAGGAAGAUAUUGCCAAAACGUCAACUGAAAUAUCUCAACUUGUUAGGCACAAUUUCAAGACGUUUAAGCUGAUGAACAAGGAAGACUCGACGUCAUUGCUAAGACCACACAAUAUCGUUCCCGAAUCAAUGUACCAAGAGAUAAUCACUUACAACAUCACCAUUGUUGAAUUCUUGUCUCAUUUUUGGAAAUUGUUUUUGAAUGGCAACAACGCAACUCAGUUGAAGAAGAUAUUCACCAGUUUGAAAAAUUGUCAAAAUUCCUUGACUGAGUUUAAGAGUAAAAGCUUGCAUCAAUUGGAUGUAAUUGAUAUAGUGGCCCUGAAUGAAAAAUUAAAGGAGAAAAUCCACAAGGAUUUUGAUGCAUGCUUGGAACCGAUGGAGGUUAGUUUGAGCACUGCAUUGAAAAAGUACAUUGGGGCAGUCAAGAACUCAAGUACAAAAGAGCAAAAUGGUGCAGAAUCUUGA